GCAAACAGAGCCGCCGGCAUGGCCAUGGGAAGGUAAGCGUGUGGGAGCAAGCCACUGGCAAGCCAGACGGGAAGCCGUGAGCCCCAAGGAGGUGACAGCCAGCCACCAGCAUGGUCUCUCUGGGGCUCCAGCUGCUGGGCUACGCCGUGGCCUUUCUGGGCUACAUUGGCACAUUGACAGCCACGCUGCUGCCCAGCUGGAAGGUCAGCUCCCACAUCGGCUCCAGCAUCGUGACAGCCGUGAGCUUCACCAAGGGGCUGUGGAUGGAGUGCGCCACGUACAGCACAGGCAUCACCCAGUGCGACAUCUACAGCUCCCUGCUCAACCUGCCUGCCGAUGUCCAGGCAGCCCAAGCCCUGAUGGUGAGCUCCUGCACCGUCUCCUCCCUCGCCUGCCUCCUCACCGUUGUGGGCAUGAGGUGCACGAUCUUCAACCAGGGCUCGCCGGGCAAGGACCGGGUGGCGGUGGCAGGCGGUGCGGUCUUCAUCCUCGCGGGACUCCUCUGCUUCAUCCCGUUGGUGUGGAACAUCCACGUCGUGCUGCGGGAUUUCUACAACCCUACCCUGCCUGACAGCAUGAAGUUUGAGCUCGGGGAGGCACUUUACCUGGGCAUCAUCUCCUCCCUCUUGUCUCUCGUUGGUGGCUUCAUCCUCUGCACCUCCUGCCCGCCCCGGGACACAACCACCACCUACUCAAGUGCCCGCCAGGUGCAGCUGCUGACAGGCAAGAGUCACACGCCCUCCGUCAGCCAGAUACAGAAGACCAGGAGCGAGGUCAAUUCCUACAACCUGACGGGAUACGUGUAGCAGCUGUGGGUGGGAACAGGGCUGGCAUCUCUCCUGGCUCCCCAAAGCAUCUGGGCUGACACCAAGGGAGCACGGUAAGAGGAAUGGACAUGGCAGCAUCUCCCAUGCUCAGCCCUCUCUCUCACAUGCUUGGUGGGGAGGGGGUUGAUUCCACUCUCCCCAGAGCUCCUGAGAGCUUUGUGACAGCUCAGAUAUCCCAGCUGGUAGCUUGCUCUGGUGAAGAGCUACAAAUCUAGCUUCUGUUCCCUCCUCCAUGCUGCUAGCUUGCAGGCAGCCCUCGGCAGAGCUGGAUCCCAGCCUGCAGCCCCAGCAAGACUGCCUGGAUGGGAAUGGGUGGGCUUGUGCCCCUAGAAACCAACCUACUGGCUGUGGAGGUAUCACAGUAGGGUCAGGGCAUCUGCAUGGGCCCAGAGCCACACCUGUGGGGGUUAUGCUGGUUGCAAACAGAUAUCACAAUAAAUUUGUGUUUCUAGCUA